AUGGAACAGAAACGCUCACAAUCCCUAAUUUUGACUCCGGCUGAAGUGAAGGCACGGCGCCUAAAAAUGCUUCAAACUAUUGAGAAUCGACGUCUGGAACUGAUAAACCGUCAGUUAUCCAGAGCCGAAACGAAAGCUUUGCGUCACUUGGAGUUUCAGCGUACCCAGUUCCGACGACGUCUGUCUGAUGUAACUGGUCAUCUUGGAUCCGAUGUGUUGGCCGAUGCGAAUUGCUCAAAUAUAAUGCCAUCCGGAGAAAGUUCCCCAGGAGACGGAUCGCGCACAUCACCACCGUACAGGGUCACACGAUCCCUAUCGAAAGUAGGGCGAUUUUUGGAUCGUUCAUCCCAAACUCGCCUACCAAAAUCAUCCACAGAAAAAGUGGACGAAUGCAGCACACAAGAUACGGAUGCCAAAAGCACCGAGGAAACGAGGCCGCCAUUCUGGAUACGUAUUCCUUCAUUGGGUAUUUCUUCAGAUGUUCCCACCACUGAUGUGGGUACCCCAAGCGAACCACAAUCACCUGUUGUGCAGGCCAAUUCGGAAAGCAGUUCCGUGAACAGCUUAGCACCUUCACCGACGGUCACUACACAGCCGGAAGGUGGCACUUCCCCGACGGAAACAACAAUAGACAAAUUCACAUUUCCUCCGGUCGAACACACUCAUGACCCAACGAUUAGCAGCACCACAACCACCACCCGCACAUCGGAUAUGCGACCAAUGUGGUUGAAAGCGCUGUACAAAUUGCGGGAACAACGAUUGGCUCGUCUACGUGGACAACAGGCGGCCGAAUGUGAGAAUUUGGCUGCUCUUGUUACUGGGUGUAGUUUAACCAGUACAUUGCCUGCGAACACAAAGCGUCCAAAACCGGGGGCUGUGGCUCGCUGA